AUGAGGGCGCUGCUGGAGGCGAUUCAGAAACACAGGGUGACGGUGGCGAUACUGGUGUCGCCGUUGGUGGUGGCGCUUACGACGAACACGGCGGUGGAGAAGUACGAUUUGAGUUCGAUACGGUUGGUUAUGUCCGGGGUUGCGCCGCUGGGGUUACAGGCGGAAGAGGCUCUGAAUUGUUGGAGGCAAUUGAACAAACUAGUUUAUUUGGAUUUGAGUCACAACAACUUUUCAGGAAAGAUUCCUAUGUCAAUGGGAUCACUUCUUGAUCUUCAAGCAUUGUUCUUGAGAAACAACAAUUUAGUAGAAGGAAUCCCUUUCUCUUUGAGGAAUUGUACAGAACUAGUAAUGCUUGAUAUGUCAGAGAACAAAUUAUCAGGAUCUAUACCUGAUUGGAUUGGGACAAAAGAAGAAUUGCAAAUAUUAAGUUUGGGAAAGAAUCAAUUCUUUGGGAGUUUACCUUUAGAGGUUUGUUGCCUAAGAAGCAUUCAAGUCUUGGAUCUCUCAAUAAACAACUUAUCUGGAAAAAUUCCUAAAUGCAUAAAAGACCUUACUUCAAUGACUCAAACGCCAUCUUCAAUAGAUUAUGGAUAUCAUUCAUAUUUUUUCAAGAUUGGUGUUUUUGAUACCAGCAUGACAUAUGAUUUGAGUGCAUUGUUGACAUGGAAAGGUUCAGAACAAAUGUUUAUGAAUAAAGGUUUGUCGCUUUUGAAACUCAUUGAUCUUUCAAGCAAUCACUUCUCAGGAGAAAUUCUUGUAGAAAUAGAAAAAUUAUCGGGAUUGAUCUCAUUGAACUUAUCAAGAAACAAUUUGAUUGGAAAAAUUCCUUCAAACAUAGGAAAGUUAGCAUCACUCAAUUCUUUGGAUUUGUCAAGAAAUUGGCUUGUAGGUUCAAUUCCUCCAAGUCUUGCUCAACUUUAUGGACUUGGUGUGCUAGAUUUGUCACAUAACCAUUUAAGUGGAAAAAUUCCUACUGGUACACAACUACAGAGUUUCAAUAAAUCUAGCUAUGAAAAUAAUCUCGAUCUUUGUGGACCGCCACUUGAAAGACUGUGUAUUGAUGGGAAGCUAACACAAGAACCAAAUGUUAAAGUUUAUAAAGAUGAAUAUUCUUUUUUUAAUAAUGAUUUUUUCACAAGUAUGGCAAUUGGAUUUGCUCUAAGUUUCUGGACGGUAUUUGGCUCAAUCUUAUUCAAGCGUUCUUGGCGACAUUCUUAUUUCAACUUCUUGAAUAAGUUAACCGAUAACAUUCUUGUCAAAGUAGCCAUUUUCAGAAAAAAUAUUUAUGGUGAGUAA